AUGUCUUUGGUGUCGGAUGGUACCAGAACAACGCUAUCAUCGGAUUUCACUGAUUCUUCUAGAACAAACUCACCAAUAGAUGUUGGAGAAGCCAUGGAUCUUUCUUCUGGCUCCUCCUCUUCUUCAUCUCAAGGAUCCGGAAGUUCACCAUCAUUUUCCCAAAAGACCCAUCCCGGGAAAGAAACAGUAGCCAUGUCUAUUGCUCAACCUCGACUCACUGUGAAUGGCAAACGCGUCGGAAGACCACCAGGAACAUUUAAAGUCCACAAGAUUCUAAAGAAGUCAUUGGUGGAAGAGGUGCAUCAGAAUACCGAGAAAGUAUGCAAAUGGAAGGAUUGCUACCAGACAUUUCAUUCCGUUGAGGAAAUCACUUUCCACAUUAACCAAAAACACUUCGACAAAGAAAUCGUCUGUCGUUGGGAAGGAUGUGAUCCCAGAUACUUCAAAUCCCUAUACCUUCUCGUUGGUCACUGUCGCAGUCACACUGGCGAACGUCAUCUGAAGUGUCCAAUUGAAGACUGUCCAAAAGCAUACAAAUCCCGCGAGAACCUCUCAACUCACGUUAGAACUCACACCGGCGAAAAACCGUACUUUUGCCAGUUUGAGAACUGCACCAAACGCUUCACCAAUGCCUCAGACCGUGGCAAGCACGAGAACCGGUGCCACUCUGGGCGUCGAGAGUACAAGUGUGACGUGCCAAACUGCACCAAGUCGUAUACGGAUCCAUCUUCGCUUCGCAAACACAUCCUCCAUAUUCAUGGACCAGAAGUUCAUGAGAGUCGAAAAAAGAAGAAGGUGCGAUGGAUGUACCGUAGAGAUGGAAAACAACUAAACAAGGAUGGAUCAGUGACCACAAUUGAUAGUCCAGCAAUUGCCAGUCCAAAGGAAAAUGGGUCAGAAGCGCGUCAAGCACCCAUAGAUACAGUGCAAAUGCCUCUUCAAUCUGUUUUUCCACAACUCAGCCCGAUUCAGCAGAACAGCCCAAUCCAACAACUUCUACCACCAACACCAACAAUCGGAACAGCAAUCCCAGAAUGGAAUCCAUCUCCACGUGUUCAAUCGGAUUUCCCAUUCUCCGCUUUCAACUCCUAUGUCCCUAACUACAUUCAGAUGAAUGUGGCAAUGGCUAGCCUUCUUACAGUAGAUCAGAAGCUGUUCGUCGCUUCUAAAAUCAUCGAGAGACAACAAUUUGUUCAUGCAAGCCAUGAAACUCUUCAGAAGCCAACCCCAGUUCUGGUCAAGACGGAAUACAAGCAGUGCGAAUGUAAUGAUUGCAAGAAGGGGACGUUUGUCCGAGCUUAUCCGUCACUUCGAGAAUGA